AUGGCAUCAAUCACAAAAGAUAGUGAAUUAUGCUCAUUUGAUGUACCAGAAACAGCUCGUCAUCCGAGUGGCCAUACAAUUUAUAAAAUUGUUUUACAAGUCACUCCGAAAGAAUUAACUGAGAAUAGCUAUCAACUUGUACAUUGGAAACGAUAUAAUGAUAUACGAAAAUUAUAUGAAGUACUGCAACGUUAUCACCAAGCGAUUUAUCGUCCUGGUAAAUUUCCUGAUUUUCCAGAAAAAACACGGUUUAUGGAACGUUUCGAUCCUGUAGUUGUUGAAGAAAGACGUGUUGCUACAAAAACUUUCCUUAAUUAUGCUCUACAACAACUGUAUUUACGUACACAUGAUGCUUAUUUAAACUUCUUCCAGAAAGGUGAAAAAGUUUUAUUACCCGAUGUUGCUGCGGCUCCAUUACAACCUGAAAUAGUCAAUUCACAAGUACCAACAUCUAUUGAAACUGAACCGGUUUCAUUAGCCGCUGUGCCAAUACAUGAACCUGUGAUACAAGCAAAUCCCGAUGAACUUUUAUUUACGACUGAUGAAGAAGAACACAUAGAACAUGUAACUAGUGCGUGUGCUCAAAUACUUGCAGAUCUGAACGAUCUUCAAUUUGAACAACAAGAUGAAAUAAACAAAGAAAAAGAAGAAUUUAAUUUAAUCGAAGAAGAGGUUAAUCAAGCUGCAAAUUUAUUGUCAUUACCAUUGGCAACAACAGACAGUACCAAUAAUACAUAA